AAACUGAUCGCAGGACCCAAAAAGCUAGCAAAGAAAAACAUCUAUAUAAUAGCCUUACCGCGAAAAAAAAAAGUUUAUCCAUUUAAUGGUUGCUCCACCAUGGCUAUGAGCUUCUACUGCAGUUCUGCAAUUCACCCUCAACACCAGGUGAACGUGUCAUUUGGAAGCAAAAACCCUCUUCAGAACGUGAAAAACCUAAUAAAAUCAUUUGGGAUUCCUUCAAAAUCAUGUUCUCCUCAUGUAUCUCUGCAACAGGGAAAUUGGGUCAAGCUCAUAUGUGGUGCUAGCUUCGAGGAUGUAGUUGAUAUCAGGAAUCUCUCUCUUGUUUACACUCUAGCUGGAGUUGAUUGCAUUGAUUGUGCUGCUGAUCCAUCUGUAAUCAACGCUGUAAAUGAGGGAAUUGAAGCAGCUAGGGAGAUUGUAUCUAUUAGAAGACCUUGGGUGAUGAUAAGUAUUAAUGAUGAUGAGGAUCUUCAUUUUCGUAAAGCUGAAUUUGAUCCAGAAGACUGUCCUUCUGAUUGCUCGAGGCCUUGUGAGAAUGUUUGUCCUGCAAAUGCUAUAUCAUUUGAGAGGGAAAAUUCAACAAUGGAAGUUCCCUUCAGUUCCGAUCAAAAGGAAAAACCAAAGGUUCGUUUUGAGAUGCAGGGUGGAGUGAUAACAGAACGCUGCUAUGGCUGCGGCCGUUGUUUUCCAGUUUGCCCUUAUGAUAAAAUCAGAGAGAUUACGUAUGUAAGAGAUGCUAUGGCUACAGCUGAACUCCUUAAAACAAACGAUGUUGAUGCUGUAGAGAUACAUACAAGUGGAAGGCAGACUAAUCUCUUUAAGGAACUUUGGGACGAUUUGGCGAAUUCAGUUAAAUACCUGAGAUUAGUAGCAGUCAGCUUACCUGAUACCGGGGACGCAACUAUUUCCACAAUGAAUCAAAUGUACGCCAUCAUGGAACCUCAUCUAUCUUGCUUCAAUUUAUGGCAGUUGGAUGGUCGUCCAAUGAGCGGAGAUAUCGGACGAGGUGCCACGAGAGAAUCGAUUGCUUUCGCUGUUCGCGUUGCUGCUUCUAGUGAAAGACCUCCUGGCUUUCUUCAGCUGGCUGGUGGAACCAAUGUACAUACAGUUGAUGGUCUGAAGAAAAGGGGACUUUUUCGAACACACAUCACAUGUGCAGAACCUAAUCAUCUACAAUCUUUAAUCGGUGGAAUUGCAUAUGGUGGCUAUGCUCGAAAGAUUGUUGGAAGAGUGUUGAGCUCCAUGGGGUCUGAGAAUGGUGUUACAGGCAUUGAGUAUCAUGCUGAGCAUCUUUUGAAGGCACUCAAAGAAGCCCUUCACUUGGUUGGAUCUGUCAAGUCAUAUAAUCAUCCCGAUGGCAUGCAACGGUAACUCGCUAAGGACUCAGGUUUUGAAUAUCGAAUACGGGUAUGUUCAACUAUUCGAAAGUUUUUUUUCUCAUAUAUUCAAAAAAUCAUAUUUUUAUAUUUGCAUCCAAACAUAUAUUAAAGUAGAUAUUCAAUGUAGGUAGCUAAUUUUUUAUUUUCAAGGUAUCCAUAAGUGUUUAAGAGCGUUCAAAUUCAUGUUUUUUAAAUUGUUGUAAUAAUAACAGUAUCAAUUAAACUAAAAUUUAAUUAACAAUUUUAGCUUUUUAAAUGUUAUACACACAAA